AACGCCGGCAAAGACAUUCAGCACGAGCUCCCAUCCAUGCGGGCACCUGAUGUGAGGACCGUGCGCACACAGGAGGACUUACAAGUCAUCCACCACCAUCCGACCCCCCAGCCCCACCCCCCACCCCCCACAUGACGGGGGUCAACGUGGCGGCGGCGGUGUGGCGGUGGGAGCGCGCACGCAGACAAAGAGACGCUCGGCGCGGCGGGAUGCGCUCUGACGCAAGGCUCGGACUCUUUUUCGGGGGGAAGUAAAGCAAGAAAAAAAAAAGGAGAGAGGUUGCUCUUUUUUUUCUUAAUCCUUUUUUCCGGGUGUGGGGGGUGAAGGUGUAAGGACUGCUGGACCAGCACCACUACCACCACUUGUGCCCUCUUCUGCUCCUCCGGAUGCUCAGAAAUGGGGGAAUGGACUAUACUAGAGAGGCUCCUGGAGGCUGCUGUCCAGCAGCACUCUACUAUGAUCGGAAGGAUCCUGCUGACGGUGGUGGUGAUCUUCCGCAUCCUGAUCGUGGCCAUCGUCGGGGAGACGGUGUACGAUGAUGAGCAGACCAUGUUCGUGUGCAACACGCUGCAGCCGGGCUGCAACCAGGCGUGCUACGACAAGGCGUUCCCCAUCUCGCACAUCCGCUACUGGGUCUUCCAGAUCAUCAUGGUGUGCACGCCCAGCCUGUGCUUCAUCACCUACUCGGUGCACCAGUCGGCCAAGCAGAAGGAGCGCCGUUACUCCACCGUCUACCUGACGCUGGAUAAGGAGCCGGACUCGCUGCUGAAGCGCAGCGGGAUCGGCGGCGGGGGCGACGAUUCCGCCAAGAAGAUCAAGAACACGGUGGUGAAUGGCGUGGUGCUGCAGAACACCGACAACUCCACCAAGGAGGCCGAGCCAGACUGCCUGGAGGUGAAGGAGAUGCCCAACUCGGCGGCCGCCAGAACUACAAAGUCCAAAAUGAGGCGCCAGGAGGGCAUCUCGCGUUUCUACAUCAUCCAGGUGGUGUUCCGCAACGCGCUGGAGAUCGGCUUCCUGGUGGGUCAGUACUUCCUGUACGGCUUCAACGUGCCCUCGGUGUACGAGUGCGACCGCUACCCGUGCAUCAAGGACGUCGAGUGCUACGUGUCGCGGCCCACGGAGAAGACGGUGUUCCUGGUUUUCAUGUUUGCCGUCAGCGGCUUCUGCGUGGUGCUCAACCUGGCCGAGCUCAACCACCUGGGCUGGCGCAAGAUCAAGACAGCGGUGCGCGGCGUUCAGGCCCGCCGGAAGUCCAUCUACGAGAUCCGGAACAAGGACCUGCCGCGGAUGAGCGUGCCCAAUUUCGGGCGCACGCAAUCCAGCGACUCGGCUUAUGUCUAAAGAGGAGAGCCCCCCCGCACCCCCUCCCUGCCCCACCAUCCCUCCUUACGCGUUCAGAACUUUGGACUAUUACGCACGCCUGAAUCCGUGUCAUGACUUUUCAACAGUGGGCAAGUUCCAUUUCCCUUUUCUUCCCAUGUGUUUUGGGCUUGGAUUACGCCUGUGCUGGCUUGCUUUUUUCUCAUUAUUAUUCCACUGAUGCAAUUUUUCAGUUUGUACUCCAUAAGAGCAACCAUGUGUUCACUACUACACACACUGGACAAUUCAUGAGGUACACCUACCCUUUACAAUGAUAGACUUUUUAGGGAGGAAUUAACAGAAGAAUAUAUUUAUUAGUGAGGCUGGCAGCAAGCAAAAACUCUGAAAACCAUAAUAAUGACCACGUCAUAUAUAAAGGCGUUAGAUGUACCUAUUCCUCAUGAUGUGACCAAUUCCCCUUGAAAAUGCACUAAAAGGAGGUAAACACCUGAAAGCUUGAUCCAAAAACGGGCUUCUUUGAUUUUUUUUUUAUUUAAAAUUUCCACCUGUAGUUAAGUAGCACCAUCAAAAGGACACAAAUAUAAACAUAUACAUAUCGCUCUCUAUAUAUCAACACAUACAUAUGUCAGUAUUUUUGUUGCCUGUGUCACACCACUUGACCUUAAAACUUAAUAGCCGCUCCAUUGCUUUCUUAUAUCAACCGUCGCUGCAAAC